ACUGAAGCUGAUAAACAUGGCGGACGAUGGCUGGAGGAAGGCCAAAAUGCGACAAACCGUGGAUCGGCUAUGAAACAAAGCAUAUUUAUACGACGAUGGAUUAUCCUAGUUUUGCUUUUAAUGACUUCUAUUACCUUUCUGUUUCUACAGCUAUUAUCUUUAAAAGCAAUUGAUAACACGGUGAGUGCAAUAGCUCUUUUUAGUCUUGGCGCCUUACGUACUACUUCAGCGGUAUUAACGUUUAGUUACUGAUACUCAGUAUUUAUUGAUCUGCAAUAUGAAUACCUCCCAUAGGUGGUAUCUAGGUUCAGAGUUUUAGAAAGUCUGCGAGGCUUACUUCCAUUCCAACACCAAAGGAAUCUUGUGCUGGUAUGUUUUGAACACAGGGAGCCCACACAAUCUGUGUGUGUAGCCGAUUGUUUCGUAAAAUCCCACUAGAGGUCUAUUAUCAAUGCUGCGUUCUGAUUGGUUGAGCUACUACUAGGCUAUAUGUUAUAGUCCACUAGUAGAGAAAAGCGCAGGCUAAAAAGGAUUAAAGUCUAGCUUUAACUAGGUAAAAUUUUUUUAUUCUCGAUAUUUUUGACCAACUAGUUGGAUUUUACUAAAACAAUUUUUCCUCUCGCCCUCAUGGCCUCUGAGUCGCCCAUUUGGCCUUCGGCCUCAUGGGCUAUUGACUCAGAGCCCAUUUGGGCUCGAGGAAUAAUUGAUAAAUAGUAAAUGUAAUGGAUUUACCAUUUGCUUUACCUAUAGCGAUACAUCGCUAAGUAUGUAUAUAACUCAAUGUUAAAUAAACGUUGAAUUACCUUACCUGCGAUGUGUUGUUGUCCUUUUGCCUCAAAAGGGGUUUUUGAGUGAUUUUGAAGGAUUUUGAGUUCGCUGUUUACUGUUUCUUAUAUAAGCUUGUUUUGAAAGGGCUCCAGCGCCAAAGUGAUUUUCCCCCAGAAAACCGCAUUGUUCCACUUUUAAACUUCGCAGCAAAAAGGUCAAAAGGUUCACGCUUCUCCUAAUACUUCCAAUCGAAAAUCCAUCCAACAGCCCUGGAGCUAGCUCUUGAAGAAAAUUAAAAUGCCACAGGUUUUGGAUGGUCAAAAUACAUAGCAAGAUUCAUAUGUGCCAGUGAGAAAUCGUCCCGCUGAUUGCCUCUUUUUGAUUGGAUGUCAUUAAACAAUAAUUUUGUACCAAGUCUACUUUAAAUCAGUUACUGUUUAACCAUUUCAUUUACAUACAUACUUAGUGAUCUUUCACUAUAGGUGAAACAAACGGUAAAUCUGGUACAUUUACUAUAAAAUAACAAUCGGCUACACAUACAGAUGUGUGUGUACACCCUGUGGUUUUGAAUUGAUUCAGUAUGUAAUUCUGUAGAGUUUUAAAAAGUAAAUUAAUUUGUAAUAGUUUAAGUAGAGUUCAGCUGCAUUUUGCCUUGCUUUCGACUAUUAAUGCAUCAAGAAUCCCUUUCCUGUAUAAGGAAAGUAACUGUAGAAAAUAGAUUAAAAGCUGUACCUGGAAAAUCACAAGUCAAGACAAACAAAUGACCUUUGUAUUAACCAAGGGAUGAUACAGUUUGUACGUGGGAGUACCUCCCCCACCCCCCCAACCCUUUAAAUCGGGUUGAGUAUGAAAUCUCUCAUCAUUCUCUAAACUUGUGAUGGGUAAAAUAUUUUUUAGGCAGGUCACCCCAUUUAUUGUGUAAGGCUUCCAAAAAUUCCUUACUGAGCCUUCAUACAUCAAAUCUUAUUCUAUAAUGCAUCACAAAUGAUGUGUAAUGAUUUUUUUUUUCCUCAUUUGCCAUAGUUAUUCUUGUUUUACAGAAACAUUUGAAGACUUUUGCAGAAGUGACCAAGCAGCAUGGGAUUCCAACAUUUCUGUUUUAUCCUUUACCUGUAUCUUUUCCAAUCAAGAACUCAAGUAAAUUUCAAAAUCUAGAAAAUGACCGAUGUGAGCUGCUUUGUGACUGUCAGUACUUUGUUUUUGGUGUAAUACAUUCAGCAUGGCAGAAAGGAGAAAAAUUUCCAGUAUCUUCAUUAAUAGUAAGUAUGGUUGUUGAUGAUGAUGAUGACAAUAAUGAUGAUGAUGAUGAUGAUGAUGAUGAUGAUGAUGAUGAUAAUGAUGAUGAUGAUGGUGAUAAUAAAAAACCUAAAUUAGAUGGAAUUGAUAGCUACUAUCAUCUGAUAAGGUUGUUUGUGGGUGCAACUAAAUGUAUGACUGUCUUGAUUCUAUUUUAAAACGCGGUGGCAGCUCUAGCUAAGGGAGGGGCUAGGGAUAACAGGUCCCCCUAUCAUAAUUAUUAAUUGGACCAAAAACCAGGUUCCAGAGAGCCAAGAUACUGACACAACAAUUAUUUACAGGACCUUCCUACCCACCCCCCCUUUCCUCACCCAGCCAUCCCCUUUGUUUCUGUCAACAUCUGGGCCCACCACUGCAGUGCACAAUAUUUCAAGAUUAUUCAGAGAUUUAUUUAUUUGAGUGUUGACGCUUCUUGGUGAAAUUCACUUAUGUCACCAACAACCUCUUUUCCUGCUUUAAUUUCCUCUUUCCGGUCCCAUUCGAUUUAUAUUAUCAUCACCUCCAACAAAUAAGUAAACAUGCAAACCUAGGCAACACUUUUCUUGUCCUUUUCACAAAUGCCUUCCUCUUUUUUCAUGUUCCACUGGAAAAAAAUAACUUGACACUAUUAAAAUCUUCCAGAAAGUACCAAUAAUCUGACAGCAGCAAGAAUACCAUAUGAUAAUAAUUGCGUUUUUUUUAUCAUUUUAGUCCCAGUUAAUUUCUCACCUUAGCAAACAAGGUUUCAGGACUGUCUGCCAUAAUGUUGAAGAGCCAUGGUUUGACUCAACUAAAGACUUCAUGAAUAUAAAUAUCAUCAUUUCGUCAUGCAUGAUAUCACAAGGUGGCAUUACUGUGGAGCUGCUGGUAUUUUAUGACAGGGAUUCAUAUUUGUGGCAUGGACCACUUCAGGGUAAUAAUGCACUGAGGAUUGCUGAUAAAGAUUCCGGAGCAUUCAACAGGUCAGCUUAUUGAUAUAAGAAUCGGCAUACUGCUGAAACAAGUUUGUUUGGUGGCGCAGUGGGGAGAGAACUUUUCUCCCAGCAAUGUGGCCUGGGUUCAAAUCGUGGCGUCAACGCCAUAAUGGGUUGAGUUUGCUGUUGGUUCCCUUCCUUGCUCUGGGAGGUUUUUCCCCGAACACUGCGGUUUUCCGCUCUGCUAAAAAACCAACACUUCCAAUUCGAUCUGGAACGCACAGACACAAAUCAGCAAGAUCUUAAGAACUUCUAAGUGCUCCGUGGGUAAACAAAUUACAAUUUACAAUUUUUUUAGGGGCUGUCUCAUGACUGGCUAGUUUGUUUGUUUUUUUGUUGUUGUUAACAAUGCCACAAAUAUGCACUAUGAAACUUGAGAUCUGAAAUAACUUGUGAAUGACAAAAUCACAGGUUUGUGUCAAAUAACUAUUUCUCCCAAGCAUGUCCCUUUAAAAUCCCUUUUUUAUAACAAUAACAGCAGUAAUAAUCGCAUUAAAAAUGUGAAAAACAAAGAUUAGUAAAUGCUGAAGUGGUUUUGCGGACGGUGCUUAUCAAAAAAACCUCUGUUCCUCAAUGCGCGCUUAUACAAGGGCAGCGCUCUUUUGAGUGAGUGCCUUAAUGCCAAAAAAUUCCCACAACUGUAUUUGGCAAGUUAGCCAGUAAACAGGGGACGUAUUUCCAGUCGCCAAGACUGAAAAAAUGUCUGCUGUCACAGUAGGGGCCAUUGCGAAGUUGCGAAAAGGUCAUGAUUUAAUUCUCCUAUUUGAUAUUCGCCAAGUGUAACUUCAUGAUGUAACACUACCCCAUCACCAUUUACCACCAAAUGAUGAUGAUAAUCUUUAUGGCUUUAUUCCCACUGUGGUUCAUUUCUUCAUCAAAGUUUCAUCGUUGGCUGUUCACGUUUUUCUGUUACAGGUUCUCAAUUAAGGAAGCGAUUGUCGAUGGAAUUCGCCUGAAUCUCCCUUCGGAUCCCGACAAAUUAGCUUCACAGCAAAAGCAGUCACGUUUCAAAGGAUGUAACCUCACAAAUGCUCGACAUUAUUACAGUAAAUAUGGCAGAGACGUAUCGCCAGACGCUGUGCUAUUUAAAAGUAAAGCUGUAGAAGUGCUAUCUAUAGCCAUUAAGGCACUGAAUCGACUUGGUGUAAGAUAUUGGCUUAGUAGCGGAACUUGUUUAGGUAAGAAACGUUUGGAUUGAAGGUGAUUUAUUGUUAUUGUUGUUACUUCGUUUUUCCAUCGCGAUAAUUAGUUCUUCUAUUUCAGUUUGGAAAUAUUACCUGUUAUGUUUUGAUUGAAAUCAACUAGGUCACCAACCCCCCAAACCCCCCUGCCCACCUUAAAAUCAUUCCAAAAGUCGCGUUUGUUUCAAGUAACCAUCAUAAGGGGAAGACGGCAGACAUAAUUUGUCGACCUUUGCUGAUUUGGUUAAGGAUUGAAGAUCGUUUAUUGAAACAACAACAGCAAACCAUUUUAUUUGCUAACUUAAAAAAAGUUUACAAGAAGUAAGUAAAUUGAAGUAGAUCAGGCAAAAAAAAUACCCUGAAUAGCAAAAACUAAACUGGCUUAGUAGUCAUUGAAACGAAGUCUAAUCACGACAGUCAUUAGACCUGCAGCUCUGUUUCAAACAUACAUGCAUACAUACAUAUACUUCAUUUAACCUCGAAUUUAGAAUGGCUACAGUAGAAGAUAAAAUGCUUUUUUUAGUCUACGCCAUACGCUUUUAAAACUGUUCAGUUUUUAGAUAUCAAGGUUGGUCUAAUUGAAAAUGUUCACAACGCGGNUGAUGAUGAUAAUCUUUAUGGCUUUAUUCCCACUGUGGUUCAUUUCUUCAUCAAAGUUUCAUCGUUGGCUGUUCACGUUUUUCUGUUACAGGUUCUCAAUUAAGGAAGCGAUUGUCGAUGGAAUUCGCCUGAAUCUCCCUUCGGAUCCCGACAAAUUAGCUUCACAGCAAAAGCAGUCACGUUUCAAAGGAUGUAACCUCACAAAUGCUCGACAUUAUUACAGUAAAUAUGGCAGAGACGUAUCGCCAGACGCUGUGCUAUUUAAAAGUAAAGCUGUAGAAGUGCUAUCUAUAGCCAUUAAGGCACUGAAUCGACUUGGUGUAAGAUAUUGGCUUAGUAGCGGAACUUGUUUAGGUAAGAAACGUUUGGAUUGAAGGUGAUUUAUUGUUAUUGUUGUUACUUCGUUUUUCCAUCGCGAUAAUUAGUUCUUCUAUUUCAGUUUGGAAAUAUUACCUGUUAUGUUUUGAUUGAAAUCAACUAGGUCACCAACCCCCCAAACCCCCCUGCCCACCUUAAAAUCAUUCCAAAAGUCGCGUUUGUUUCAAGUAACCAUCAUAAGGGGAAGACGGCAGACAUAAUUUGUCGACCUUUGCUGAUUUGGUUAAGGAUUGAAGAUCGUUUAUUGAAACAACAACAGCAAACCAUUUUAUUUGCUAACUUAAAAAAAGUUUACAAGAAGUAAGUAAAUUGAAGUAGAUCAGGCAAAAAAAAUACCCUGAAUAGCAAAAACUAAACUGGCUUAGUAGUCAUUGAAACGAAGUCUAAUCACGACAGUCAUUAGACCUGCAGCUCUGUUUCAAACAUACAUGCAUACAUACAUAUACUUCAUUUAACCUCGAAUUUAGAAUGGCUACAGUAGAAGAUAAAAUGCUUUUUUUAGUCUACGCCAUACGCUUUUAAAACUGUUCAGUUUUUAGAUAUCAAGGUUGGUCUAAUUGAAAAUGUUCACAACGCGGUUUCGCUAAACAUUUUUAAAAAACUCUAAUUUCCUUCGCACUUUCUUUCAGGUUGGUUCAGGCAAUGUGAUAUUAUUCCUCACAGUAAAGACGUGGACAUUGGUAUAUGGAUCAAGGACUACAACUCACUGCUUAUUUCCGAGUUUAAAAAAAGUGGGCUGCUUUUAAAACACAAAUUUGGUCGCGUAAGUUGGGAGGCCGUGCCUGAGUCUUUCUUUUCAUUUACCACUGUCAAGGGAUAAAAGCUUCGUUUAUUGAAGCUAGAAACUGACCAUUUUUUUUUCAACGAUUGUAUAGCCUGAAAAACAACCAAAGGCCACUGGUUUCCCCGCGAAAUGACGUCAGAGAAACGACUGCAGAAAUUCCAUACUGAUGACGUGUCACUACCCAAAUCUGGCUUGAGCUUCUGAUUGGUUGAAACAAAAGCGGCACGAUAGCCGGUCUACCCGGCGGAAUUGUUUUUUACCAUUGCCUUGCCGCGCGCGAGAAGCGAGCGCCGAAGCGUCCCCUCCCCAUUCUCUGAGCACGGCUUCGCAGUUCCUCUGCCAAAACUUUUUUCGCGCUAAAUAACGAUCUUGUUGAUCCCGUUGGUUACGCAGGCUAGCGGCACGACCAAUCAGAAGGCUACCGCUUGCUUAACCCUUGGGAAACAAUUGUGCGUUGGGCAAUAGUAAAAAGGGAGACUGAAUUUUUUAACUAAAACGAAGGAACAUGUUUUGCCAUUACGUUUUUGUUUUUUGUUUGUUUGUUUUUUUUCUGAAUACAAACUGUUUCCUUUUUACCUAGAUUGAAGAUAGCUUUGAGCUGUCGUUUAGAACUGUCGAGGAUUACGUCAAGCUGGACAUUUUCUUUUUCUACGAGGAGAAGGAUUAUAUGUGGAAUGGUGGAACACAAGCAAGAACAGGAAAGAAGUUCAAGUAAGAUUAAAGUAAUAACAUAGUUUGUCGUUAGAGAGAUUUAGAAUUACGUUUACGGCAAACGGCUAACGUCAGAUUCAAGUUGACAGUUUCUCAGAUUAGAAAAUGAACGGCUAUAAUCUGUCCAAAAUAAUUCUUAUGGAUGCGACUAACAUGAAGCUACGUGCACUUAUUUUUGUGUAGAUAUCACGAAGACAAAACGGUUCGGGGAAACUUUUUGAACACGUGGCGUAAACGUGCCGUAAACGUGAUUCUAAAGCUAUGUGCAUACAGUACCGGAUGGCUUUUCGUGACGCCCCUAAAAGCUCUCCGAUAUAGAUCGUUUUCACUGUCUCGCAACGAAAAAGUAAAUUGGGAACCGUCCAGUGGAAGAAGCCAAGAAAACGAAAUGUUAUAAAAGACUAAUAUAUAAACAAUUUGUCCAGGUUUCAGGUCUUUGUGGCCUACACUUUCUGAGUUAUUUGCCGAAACGUUUCACGCAACUUUGUAGAGCUUUGUAUGGAGACGCCAUAUUGGUGGACCGUUUUGGUCCACCAAUAUGGCCGCCGGAAAUCAACAAAAACAUUUGGAGUUCACUUUUUCUAUAAAAGCUCUUUCUUUACACUCGAGAACUAGCAUACGUGCGCAUAAACAUGUCUUUUAAUACUUAAAAUGGUUAUACUUCUGAAAAUCAAGAGGAGAAGCUUUUUUUCAACGAGACAGCAUUCCGUUUUUGAUGUCACGCACUGUGAAAACUCGGAAGUUCAAAUUGCUGUAUUUUCGAAAUAAAACAUGCUACGGGAAUGGAAACUUUUACAAAGAUUUACUUUUUGUUUAUCUUCAACCUAGUGUAAAUAAGAACUGGUAAAACCUCGCUAUUUUGACUUUACAAUUUGAUGACGUCACUGUGAAAACCAUCUAUAGUAUGAACACCGAUCCGAUAUGUGACGUCACUCCACUUUAAAGAUCCCAGCGGCGCAGCUUUGCUCCGUCACAGAAUUCGCGCCAAAAUCACCAUUUUUGUGUAUGGACAGAAGCCCUAUCCGGUAUGGUUUUCGCGGCGGCGUAAAAGCUAUCCGUUAUGCUGUAAACAUGGCCUAAAUCGUUCUAUUGUUUGUCAUUCAGCUGAAGGGUUAACCCGGCUCGACGCGAGUGGUUCGUUCAUGAUCACGUGAUAGAUCUUGGCAACAGCGCCAAAAGAAUUUAAGUACCAGUUAGAAAUAUUGUGAUUGAUUAACUCUAUGUAGUUAUAUAGUCAAUGUCAAUUGUAAGUUACAUUCGUCAAGUCCCUUUUUUGUUUGUUUUUUCAAUUUUUUUUUCAAUUCCUUAGUACGCAAUAAUGUACCUCUUUGUAACUUUCACAGUGUGAUUAAAAUAAAACAAUUAUUAAAAAAAAAAAACAGCGCCAAAAGUGUAUAAGUGGCGCGCAGCAUUGCAAAAACUGCUAUGUCAAAUGUUAACGUUAUAAUUUCACCCACCAGUUCUGUUUGCGUGAACAGAACUUUGAUUUUAUCAACGGUGAUUUGGCAUAUUAACUUUUAGGAGCAAGCCAUUUCUUAGUCACAACUCGUUUUCUAUUUGGCUGCUCUCAAGAGACAACUCUGAUCAUUUCUUUCAUUCCGUGAUCGCCAAAACGUAGCGCAACAAUACUGGAUUCGUAUGCAAAGCACUUCCAACAUUGUUGGACCCACGCACUCGCAUUACACAUGGUCUCCUUGGAAUUUGUUUUAUCCUUCCAACCAUGCACUUCAUGUACCAACAAUGUUGGAAGUUGUUGCGUCCAUUUUGCACGUAGCUUACGAUUAAGGCUGUUAACAUUCAUAAACAAGUAUUUUGUUUUUUUGUUUUUUUUGUUUACUUGUGUUUUUGUUAUUUUCUCCGUAAGGUACAUUUUUCCAAUAUUCACCCUUUGCUGGACUGAGCUUUUUGGCUUGAAAACCCGUGUACCGUGCGAAACUGAGGCUUAUGUCCUUGCGAACUACGGAAAAGAUUGGCAUAUGCCAAUCAAGGAAUGGAACUGGAAAGAAAGCCCGCCUAAUGUGCGAGAAAACGGCCAAUGGGACGAAAAGGACUGGGGCGAAGUUAUACAGCUUUACUGA